AUGAAAUGGAAAAUCAAAUUGCUCCUUUUCAGCCACCUGUGCAAAAGUCUUAUUGUACCACAUUGGUCGCCAAGUGAUGGGGAGUAUAAAUACGGUCACGCCAAAGCUAACUUUCACAGCUACUUUCCACUCUCUAUCCAUCUCGCUAUCUUCUAACUUCUGGUUUUCCCCUGAAGAGUGCUCUGUACCAUAUUUACAAUGGCCCUCUGGUUCCGAGUGCUCUCUCUGCUCGCUUUGCUUGUCUUGUCCUCUCCGCACGUGAGCAAGGCUGCCGCAAACCAGCAUCUCUGCGGAUCUCACCUGGUGGAGGCGCUCUACCUGGUCUGUGGAGAAAGGGGUUUCUUCUACACUCCCAACAAAGUGAAGAGAGACAUGACCUCUCCUUUUAGUUUCCUGUCUGGAAAGACUGCUUCGGAGAACGAUGUGGACGAGUUUCCAUUGAAGCAACAAGGAGAGGCGAAAGUGAAGAGAGGCAUUGUGGAACAGUGCUGUCACAGCCCCUGCUCCCUGUACGAUUUGGAAAAUUACUGCAAUUAAGCACAAUUUCAAGGUGUUUUUCUUUGUUGCUAUGCUAACUUAAUAAAGAGGCAUUGUAAAUUAAUGUUUCUCAUCAAUCAUUUUGCUAAUGUAAUGAGCCGUUUUAUGUUGCACGUGAAAACAAAUAAAUACUGAAGACUUAGA